AUGAAGCCGGACCCAGAGGCGGCGCAGAAGCUGAGCGGCUUGUUGUCACCAGCCACGACGCGGAACUUGUCUCGGGCGCUAAAAUCUGUACGAACGAGCACGCCAGCGAGUGAAACUGCGAAUGCUGCUGCUGUGACGCCCCCGACAACGCAGGAGCUCAAGAUGGUGGCGUUGCAGAUGGGGCUGCCGUUCAUCGGCUUCGGCUUCGUGGACAACUUUAUCAUGAUCAUCGCCGGAGACUACAUUGACCUCACGCUGGGCGUGUCGCUUGGUAUUUCAUCCAUGGCAGCAGCCGGCAUCGGCAACACCAUCUCGGAUAUUGCGGGUCUGGGACUGGGCAACGUGGUCGAAGAUUUCUGCGCGCGAAUUGGACUUCCUGUUCCAGCACUGACCAACGAGCAGAUGCUAUUGAAGAGCACACGACUGGCGAAGGUCACAGGCAGCUCUAUCGGCGUAACUAUCGGCUGUCUGUUGGGCAUGGUUCCACUGCUAUUCCUCGAGACGAGGCCAAAGAAUGACAACCCCGCCCCAUCAAAGCCAACGGGUAGCAACGAUGAGUAG